CGAGGUGGGAGGAGGAGCCACAAAAGGGAUUGUGGGAGAAAGGCUUCUUCCUUUCCUCUGGCGGCAGCCAUCAGGUGAACCAAGAUGGGUGCAUACAAAUACAUCCAGGAGCUAUGGAGGAAGAAGCAGUCGGACGUGAUGCGCUUUCUUCUGAGGGUCCGCUGCUGGCAGUACCGCCAGCUCUCUGCGCUGCACAGGGCUCCCCGCCCCACCCGGCCUGAUAAAGCUCGAAGACUGGGGUACAAGGCUAAGCAAGGCUAUGUCAUUUACAGGAUUCGUGUCCGCCGUGGUGGUCGCAAACGCCCAGUUCCUAAGGGUGCAACUUACNGCAAGCCUGUCCACCAUGGUGUUAACCAGCUGAAAUUUGCCCGAAGCCUUCAGUCUGUUGCUGAGGGCUUGUGGACGUUGUACAUCGUGACUCAGAUGCAGAAAUCUCAGUUCUUUCUUCAGCACCAUGUCUACCUGCAGGUCACCAUACUUCUCACCAUGGUGACAAUGGAUAGCACCUUUGAAUUCACUUAA